CUCGUGCCUCUAAAUCUUCCAUCACAAACACGUGAGUCAUCGGGUGCAUUACCUGCCACGGCUAACGAGAUUCCCCUCAUUAAGUCCUUUAAGUGGUAAUCUGUAUAGGAGAGUUCGGGGGAGUUGAAGAGUGGAGCGAGUCAGGAGGAGUGCGGCAGAAGAAGCAGAACCUGCACCAGGAAACAGUAAUUUACUCCUGCGAGGGUCAAGGAGCAGGAGCAACAUUUUGUGGAGAGACUUCUGUUGUUUCUUCUUGUCGUCUCUGAUUUGUUCUGAAGCUCAGUGGGAUUGUCUGGUCGCGGCGGAGGCCAUCUGGCUGGAGCUUUAUCAGGAUUUUAUGCUGUGAGCCCUUGGCCAACUGUGACCACCUGCAUGGGUCUCACCAAGAGUUAUUGCUGCCACAGGACGUGAGCGUGCGUGUGUCCUGAGUUCGUUCUGUCAGACCAGCACAACAUGAGUGAAGGAGAAAAUCUUUACAUAGUCACCCACCGUCUGUCGAAGAAAUAGUGGUGUGGUCGUUCCUUCCUGUCCUGAGAGCUGCAGUGCAUCAUGGACACUGUGGCAAGAGUUAAAAAGUCGCUGAGGACGCCCAUCAGGAAGCUGACCAAGUGUGUGUCGAGGGUGAAGGAGAGGAAGUUGUAUCCCAGACGCAGGAUCAGAAGGAGGAGGAGCAGAGGCGGGGCAGGAAGAGGGGGAUGCAACAGGUCGGGGAGGACCCCUCAGACCCCUCCCCGAACAUCACACCCCAAAGACCCGCCAAUCAUCUUCUCGUACCAGGCAGACCUGGAGAAGGAGAGAAAGCUGCGGGAGGCGAUGAACGCUCAGAAGAAUGCGGAGAGGGCGGCUAUGAGAGCUCACUUCAGGAAAAAAUAUCAGCUUUCUGAGAGUCCCAAGGACACAAACCACCUGAGGUCUGUAGGAGGGAGAGUGUCGCUCCCCCACGAGCUGUCGAAGAUCAUUCAUCCUGAAACCAAAACCAAGGACGGUGGCUUCAACCUGCUGAGCGCCUUCCAAGGCCUCAGCUUCGGCACAACGACGCUCCCAGGGAGGAAACACAGCAAGACGUCCGCUCUUCCUACACCAGCAACUUGUAAAGUCAUGUGAUCAGUAAUGUGAUCACGGAGCUGAUCUUACACUGCCUUCUGAUUAUUGUAGUACAGGGAAACAGCAGGUGACCCUCGUACAUGAUUGCUGCUCAUACAUAAACUUCAUCAUUGUACAUCAAUAUACAAACUCACUCCAAUCAUCUCUAUUACACAAACAUGUCAUUCAGACUUUGCUUUUGUACGUCUUUUUUUGUCUUUUACGUAGCAAUAAUAAUAAUAUGCCAGAUAAUUUUUUAUCUCACUUAAAUUGAACUAGAUAUUUAUUAAAGUGGGUUGAGAGACGUGAUCUACGUGAAACUCCAGUCAGUGAAUUGGUGUUUUAUUUCAAAUGAUGACACAAUAACGAUAUAUAUUAAUGGAAUAAUGACUCAAUACCGUGUUUUAUUAGGAAACUAUAUCAGUUAAAACAUGUACACUUUUGUUAAUGACAUCCACAAUGAGGCUGUCACAUUUUUUGUAAAAUGGUUUCAUCCCAUUUAGAGCCUCAUUUUGUGAUUAUAAUAAAUACUUAUUUAUAUUAUGUAUUAUUUAAUGUAGGCACUACUUUAGCUAGUUUCUUCUUUCUGUCGCUCUAAAUUAUAUAGAUCCACAUGAGUGAUCUAUACACAAGUAAGGGACCUCAGGGCAACACGUUCACAUUUCAUCACACAUUCACACAAAUAAUCACAUUUAAUAUAAUCAUUUUAUAUGUAACCAUGAAAACUGUUUUACUUUGUUUAUAAUCUUUGAUCUGUAUCACAUGUACUGUAUAUAAACUGUACUGUAAUGAGCCAUGUUUUAAGCUACAGAAUGCUCCAGGGAUAAUGUUUUUCUGUAGGUCGACAUGAAAGUUAGCGUCGUCCUGGUUCUCCCAUCAAAAAGCCAUUGGGAUUAUUCCAUUGGAUUUUGGAUUAUUUCAGAGAAUCAGAUAUGUGGGAAACAAAAGUGAAAAAAUGAUACUUACACAUUUUGUUCAGCAAGAUAAUCUCCUCACAAAUGAACACCACUUUUAUGACUUUUUUAAAGCCUAAAUGCAAUCAUCAAAAGUAAAGCUAAUGCUAGGCUAUAAACAAACUACAACACAGUUGCACGUUGCUGUAGAGUAGCAUUUGUCAUGAUAACACUCUGUGGUCUCAUUUAGCUACUUGUUAGCAACUGUCUUUUUUAAGAUACAUAAAAUCUUCUUUUUAUGUCGUAGAAGAAAAUGUGAGAGUCUCUUCAGCUUGUGUGAACCACAGACCUUAUUUCAGGCAUCUAACCAAAAACCCAUUCAAAAAGCCCACUGACUUUUAGACAAGGGAACCAGCGGUGGUAAUUGCUAAGACUUAUUCCUGGAGCACUAUUUUAGGGUGCAUCCGGAAAUACUCACUCCAAGUGCCAGAGUGCUAUGGCACAAACUGGACUGUUUGUAAAUCUGGAGUGCAGUUAUAAUGUAGCAGCAAAGCACCGAGUGGAGUGAAUGUGUGAUUAAUUUUACCUUUGUCAAUUCAUGUAGAAAUACAACACUAUUUCUUUGAAUAGCAGUGCUCCAGUGUCAGAUUGGGUUUAAAAGCACAUCCUAAGAUUCUUUUGUAGUUUUUAUGAGCUAAUACUGGUGUGUAAAUAGUGUCACGCUGCCUAAUCAAAGGAUUUUAUACAACAGGAAGCAGAGACCCAGAAGUCAACACAAAACCUUCUGGACUUCAAAGAAAAUUGAUAUGUAGGCAUUUUUAUUUUUGCUUCAUUAGCUGUGACAAAAACCUUGU